AUGAGCUCCUCCCUCGAGGCCAAGAUCGUCGUGCUGGGCGCCCAAGGUGUCGGCAAGACGUCGCUCGUCCAGCGCUAUGUGAAAAACGCGUUCAACCCAGCCGCGACCACCUCCACGGUCGGCGCGUCGUUCGUGACCAAGCGCGUGCUCGACAGCACCUCGGACACGAUCGUCCGGCUGCAAAUCUGGGAUACAGCCGGCCAGGAGCGCUUCCGCAGCAUCUCGCGACUAUAUUAUCGUGGCGCGCACGCGUGUCUGCUCUGCUAUGACAUCACUGACGAGCAGAGCUUCCAGGAGAUGGCGGGCUGGUUGCGCGAACUGCGUCGCAACCUAGGCGGGGGCGGCGAUGCAGAUCAUGACGCGGACCCACUGGUUAUCCAUGUCGUCGGCACCAAGUCUGAUAUCGUGGCUGUUGAUCCUACCUGUCGCCGUGUACCCUUUGAGCGCACAAUCGCUUAUGUUGCUGAGCAACUAUAUCCAUCGCGGUCCGGCGGCAGCGGAUCUGGUAUCAGUGCCGCGAAUGUGUCCUCCGGGGCACUGCAGAGUCCAGAUAGUAAGCGCAGCAGUGCCUUCUGGGGCCAGGAGAUCGGCUGGGACUGCUGCCACGAGAUCAGCGCCAAGGAUGGCGAAGGCAUCGACGAGGUGUUCCGAGUGAUCACCCGCAAACUGGUCGAGCAGCGCAAUCGCCGCGACGCGGACCUGGGUCUUUCGAUGGCAGGCACGCCUAUCGGCGAGAGCGGCCCUGCUGGCCCCUUUACCCCUGGCAGCAUAGAUGGCGCGGGCAGCUUCCGGCUUGGUCAGGCGGACAAGCGGCGCAGCUGGCUAGGACUGGCGACGCCUACGGUGGGCGAUGGAGAAGAGGUUGAGAUGUUUCCGACGGCGCACAAGCGGGGGAGGUGUUGUUAA